AUUUAAAUACAAAUUAAGAACAAAAAGUGCUUUAAAGCUUUGCUUCAAUAAAAGUUUAAUUUUUUAACGCUCAAAGUUUAAAUUCUUAAAAAAAAACUUGCAACAUGAGGGAAAUUGUUCACUUACAAGCCGGUCAAUGUGGCAACCAAAUUGGUGCUAAGUUCUGGGAAAUUAUCUCCGAAGAGCACGGUAUUGACUGUAAUGGUGUCUACAUGGGAGAUAGUGAUUUGCAAUUAGAACGUAUCAGUGUAUAUUACAAUGAAGCUUCAGCUGUAACCCGUUCCUCUGGUGGCAAAUAUGUGCCACGUGCCAUUCUAUUGGAUUUGGAACCCGGUACCAUGGAAGCUGUGCGUUCUGGUGCCUAUGGCCAACUCUUCCGUCCCGACAACUUUGUAUUUGGUCAAUCAGGUGCCGGCAAUAACUGGGCCAAGGGCCACUACACCGAAGGUGCCGAGUUGGUGGACAAUGUUUUGGAUGUGGUGCGCAAGGAGUGUGAAAAUUGUGAUUGUUUGCAAGGUUUCCAAUUGACCCAUUCUUUGGGUGGUGGUACCGGCUCUGGCAUGGGUACCUUAUUGAUCUCCAAAAUACGUGAAGAAUAUCCUGAUCGUAUAAUGAACACCUAUUCGGUGGUGCCUUCGCCCAAGGUAUCGGAUACCGUCGUAGAACCCUACAAUGCUACCCUGUCCAUACAUCAAUUGGUGGAGAAUACCGAUGAAACGUAUUGCAUUGACAAUGAAGCCUUGUAUGACAUUUGCUUCCGCACUUUGAAGGUCUCCAAUCCCAGUUAUGGUGAUUUGAACCAUUUGGUCUCCUUGACCAUGUCGGGUGUCACCACCUGUUUGCGUUUCCCAGGCCAGCUAAAUGCCGAUUUGCGUAAAUUGGCCGUAAAUAUGGUGCCCUUCCCGCGUUUGCAUUUCUUUAUGCCUGGCUUUGCCCCCUUAACCUCUAGAGGCAGCCAGAUAUACAGAGCCUUGACGGUACCCGAAUUGACUCAACAAAUGUUUGAUGCCAAAAACAUGAUGGCUGCCUGUGAUCCUCGCCAUGGUCGUUAUCUGACAGUGGCCGCAGUAUUCCGUGGUCGCAUGUCCAUGAAGGAAGUCGACGAACAAAUGUUGGCUGUACAAAACAAGAACAGCUCUUACUUUGUGGAAUGGAUUCCAAACAAUGUCAAGACUGCUGUCUGUGACAUACCACCCAAGGGCCUUAAGAUGUCCUCAACCUUCAUAGGUAACACCACCGCCAUCCAAGAACUAUUCAAACGUAUCUCCGAACAAUUCUCUGCCAUGUUCAGGCGUAAGGCUUUCUUGCAUUGGUAUACUGGCGAGGGCAUGGAUGAAAUGGAAUUCACCGAAGCCGAAAGCAACAUGAACGAUCUGGUGUCCGAGUAUCAGCAAUACCAAGAAGCGACUGCCGACGAUGACUUUGAUCCUGAGGUGCAUCAAGAAGAGAUUGAGGGUGAUUGCAUUUAAUCAACAAGUCAGAGAAAUGUCGAGGAGUGUGCCUUGGAGAUACGUUUGCAAAGAGAACGUCAGGUGGCAGUUGAGACAGCCUUGGGUUGUGAACAGGAAAUACGUUCACUGUUAAAUACUCUCAAAUGCUUUCUCUGAAACUCUCUUUGCUUAAGCCACUAACUAUCUUCUAUCCACACGCAAAGCACACUAACUUAUAAGUAAACAUAUUCCCAAACACACUCUCUCACUUUGCCGAAAAGAAAACCAGAAACUCAUGUCAAAACUCACGUUUAAAACGAAAUCUUAGUUGUGUACUCAUUUAAUUUUAAACAAAACGGAAAUGUUCCAAUUUUUCUCAAUAAAAAAAAAAUUAAGUUCUUAAGCUUCUUAUAAGAGAAAACAACAGCUUAUGAAAAGAAAAAGAUUGUAAUACAUUAUGCUCUUAAAUUUAAGAUUUUUUUAUCAUCAUUAUUAUUAAACAACAUAAAAAUAAAAUUUAAUUUGUAGUAGAAACUAAUUGGUCGAAAUCCACUCUCUCUCACAAAAAACAAACUACUCAUUUACUCUUAAUUUUUUACUGUAACAGCUGAUAAAAGCACCUCUUCAGAGGCAUUUCUCUGUCUUUACUACUCAUUACACUCUCAUGCUCACACUUAACCAUUAUCAUCACACAUCCAAGAUGAAUUUAAGCAAGGUGACCUCAGCUAAAUAUCAAACUCCAUAUUAAAAAAUUGACAAAAUAAAUCCAAGAAGCUGUCUGUCACCUUAUUGAAUUCACCCUAAACUCAUUAUUCAUCAUUCUUCAUCUAUCACUUUGUCUCUCAUUUUUAUAUUUGUAGACUUUUAAGUAUUAAAACCAUAAAAAACAAAAGAAAUUUUAAAUCAUUUUCUUCACUUCUCCCUAAAACACCAAAAUCAUUAACUAAGACUGACCAUUAUUAAAAACAUUAAAACAAUUUUAACAAUUCCUUUUAGUUCUCUCGUUUUGUAUUAUUAAAUUAAUUCCUAAUUUUCGUCUUUAUUUUUCAAGUUUCUUUUUUUUUUAUUUAAAUGUGGCAAUAAUUUUUUUUAACAGCUUUUAUCCAAAGAUUGCAAUGUUUGUUUUUAAAAAAAAUUCUUCUUUUUCAUUUUGUAAUUUUUAAUACAUAUAAUUAAAUUUAUUCUAUUCUAAUUAAUUUUUCAUUAUAAUUAUGUAAUUUUGAACAUUAAAUUAACAUCAUUUUAUAAUAUUAUAUCUCUUAUAGUUCUCGUUUCAUUAUUUUUAUAUUACAUGCAAUUAAAAUUUAAUUAUCUUUUUUAAACAUAAGCAAAUUGUGUAAUUUCUCUUUUUUUGGAUAUGAAAUAAUUGUAUCAAAAUAAAAUUUUGUUAAAAAAUUAAUAAA